GGUCGCGCACAAGAUGACAGAAAUGUGUAAUGCUUCUUUGUGUUCCACUGAUAUGUCGGAAACAACCAUUGCCAAGUCUGUGUGGAAACUAAGACGUUAUGGACGUCUUUUACCUGCCAACAAGAAUGACUGUACAAACACUUCUUGGAAGGUAUAUGACUCCAAGGAGAGUGAAGAUGAGAUAGCUGUAAGCAUACUGGACUCCGGCCAUUUUCUCGUCUCUCAAGCUGAAGAGCUCUUGGAAGGGUUUUCCCUGAUAAAUGCAGCAAGCUUCCUGAAAGUGCAGAAGAAAGCUGAUGUUCUGCUCUUCCAAGCAACCGUGAAGGGGGAGAGUCGGAUCUUCAGGGUGCAGUUUGAUGGGGCCAGCAGGCCUGAGGCGAUAGAGGAGUGUGAGAGGGCGGUGCUACGGCUGCAAGCCUUCCUGCCAGUGGGGUCUCAGGAGAAACCUGCGCCCCCCAGUAGCAGUAGCACACAGCUCUCCCCACAGGAAGAACAGGCAGGUUCAGCAGAAGCCACUUUGGAGGUCCAGGGGUCCCUCCCCCUCAAACGUCUCUCCCAGCACUUCCUGGGAGAGGGCAGCCUGUCUCUGCCGCUGCUGUACCGGGCCUCCGGCUCUCUGGCCCCGUCAGACCUGGAGCUGCUGAGGCUGUGUCUGCUGGACCCGGCCUUCCCUGCCUUCGUGGAGGAGGUGGAGGGGGAGCUGAGGAGGCUGUCUCAGCAGUGAGACAGCCGGCUGUGUGUGCAUGCGUGUGUUUGUGUUUGGGUGGAUGGAUGGGGUGGGUUGGGGUCUAAGUGUGUGUGUGUGUGUG